AUGUCAGAGAGCCACAGCGAUGCCACUGCAGAGGGACAGGGCGCCCCUGACCCCACCACGGAAGAGCCACCCUGCGCCGAGCUGAAAGCCGCUUCUGAGAAAUGGUAAGGGGGCCGAGGGUGAAGUGGGCAGUGAACAGCCCCCAAGGGCAGGUACAGGUCAGCUUCAAAAGCCCGCCGGGAAGGUGAGGAAGGAUGCUGUGGAGUGUGGCGCACUCAUGCACUGAAGGGAUGUGGUUGGUGGGUCGCUGAAAGCAAGAGUGGGAAGACCCCCACCCCUCAACCUGACUCCUAUCUGUCUUUCCAAGGGAAGCUGUAGUAGGGUGAUUCUAGGUCAGAUGAGUGACAGGGCGGGUUGGAUGCCCGGAGGCAAAAGCUUGGGAAGAGUAACGAAGGGGUACAAGCGACCUCUGCUGAAUCAAGGAAGGGAGCACGCUUAGACUCCAAAGGCAUGUGUCUUGGGAAACUGGCCUAGCAGAAAAUUGUUAGAGGCCCCCGCUGUUCACACACAUGCCUAGAGGGAGGCAGCUACCCAUAUUUUGGCUCCUGAUGCGGAAAAUGCAAAUGGCGUCCUUGCCUCAUUGGCUGCAAAUGAUCAAGCAAGGUUCGUUUUUUAAAAGGAUGGCUGCCAGCGUGCCACCAUUUCAUCAAGAUAGCCAAAAUCUGCCACCAGAGGCAGCUGCGUCACUCAGCUUCAAAGAAAGGCCAGCCCUAAGCAAGCCAGGCUUAUGUCUGGUUGUGGCAUAGUUUGUGGCUGAAACCACAGAGCUGUGUAUAAAGAUCCGCCAGCUCUUAGGACAGUUUUAACACGGAUUCCUCCUCCACCCACCUGGUUCGACAUCUAAUCGCCUGGCUUCACCUCUGGUUCUGAUCAGCUUCCGCUUCAAUGGGAUUUCCUAAACCACGUUAAUUGCUUCUCGGGCUUUUGGCUAAGAUCAAGUGUAGCAUAGCUAACAGGCAGGUGCGUUUUUUGAGAGCUUCAUUUGUUAGCUCAAAGCCGAGCGCUCUGCAAAACCUUGCCUCCUCGGCUAAAUCACUCACAUAAAACCUUUGCAAGACCUGAGCUGCUGGUUAAGCUAGCUCGGAGCUCCUGGAAAAAACCAAGAAUGCAAUACCUUAGGCUUUCUGCUGCCAGCCAGCUAUAACCACAUUCAAAUAUAUAUGGAGCAGAGUAGGGGAGGAAACCAAACAAACUUAAAAUCUAUUCUUCAGAAGAACAUCUGCAGGGAAUGGAAUUGACUGCUUGGGGAUUACCAGUUGUGAGGCCACACAAAUAUCAGUAUUCUGGAUCAGUAACCUGUGUAUAUGUUUAUAAUAAAUAGGCCAUAGCUUAGUCCCUGCUUUCAACGAGAACUUGGGAUAAAAAGUGAGGAGAGUAGGAACUGAAAAGUAACAGGAUAUAUUUUGCUUCCAGCAUACAUUGAAAGAGCAUGUGUUAAUAGUUAUUAGUUUCCCUGAUUUAAAUGAAGUAGUAGGGAUAAGAAGUGGCAACUUCCAGAGUAGCAGCCUGGCCUUGAAUAUAUGUUACUGGUGGUGUCUGUGUUUCUCACUGGCUGUAGUCACACUAUAUAUAUGUGGGGCAUCCUUUUGUUUAUUUUUAUCUACAGCAGUACCUUGGUUCUUGAACUUAAUCCGUUCCAGAAGUCCAUUCGACUCCUGAAACUGUUCGAAAACCAAGGCACGGCUUCCGAUUGACUGCAGGAGCUUUCUGCACUCAAUCGGAAACCACAGAACCCACAUUGGACAUUCAGCUUCCAAAAAACGUUUGCAAACCGGAACACUUCCGGGUUUGCGGCGUUCAGGAGCCGAUUUGUUCAACAACUAAGCCAUUCGGGAACCAAGGUACCACUGUAUAUCUACCUAGAAAGAAAGCUUGAGAUUCAGUAGAGGUUGCCCAUUAAAGCAAGUGGGGCAUUGCCCAACAAUCUUCAGCCACACCCAAUUUGCCUGCCUUUUUACUUAUAACCAGUCCAGGGGUCACUGGUCAGCAGCCAACAUUUGGAGACAGUAAGGUGUCAUGUAUUCUUCUAGUGCUAUGAGGAUGUGUCCCUGCUUACCAUCUCAAAUUUAGCACAAGAGGGGGGUAACAGAGCAAGAAGGGAGGGAAAUGGAGGCAGGGGUACAUAAAGCAGUUUUGAAACGUUAUACUGGUCAUGUAGAGCAGCGCUAAGAGUUGUAAAAGCCCAGGGGAAAGAUGUGGUUUUUACUUUUCCUGUGGCGUUUUUUUCCAUUUCCCCACCUUCUUUUGGGUUUUCCUUCCAGUUUUUUUCCAGACUGUCACCUCUGGACCUACAUUUGAUUUAAAUCGGAGAUAAGCCCAGUGCCUGUUUGGAAGGGGGUUGCACUCCUUCUAAAAGGAGCAGGGACACAUUUUAGGAAGACUCCUUGAUCUCUCUCUGUCACCAGAGGUCCAAGUCUGGCAAGGAGUGCGUCUUACCAAGUCCAGCUGGUUUGCCUCUUCUCUUUUUAACCGAUCAGCAUUUACGGAUUUUUAUUGGUGUUUUUGUAGGCGCCCUUUAUUGAUUUUAUUCUUAUAUGUUGUAUACCGCCUUGAUUAUUAUUUUUUUAUGAAAGUGUAAAUUAUAAAUAUAUAAACAAACAAAUGGGGCCUGGACUCCUCUAAUAAAACUGCCAACUUUUCGGGUAAGGGUCAUUUCACACUUACAUUGUGUGCACUAUUUAGCACAGCUCUGAAGAAAUAGCACAACACAUCAUCAUAAUCAUACAGACUAAUAAGGCAAUGUCUUUUACUAGGCCGACGUCAGUGAUGUCAGUUUUCAAGUUACACAGGUUUGUCUAUCAGUUUGAAAAAGUUCAUCGGCACAAAAACACCACACCCAAAAGCUUGCAAACACCAACAGAUAAUGGCUGAAUAAGACAGUGGAGUACCCGUCCUGCAUUUCCUUUUUUUUUUUUUUUUAAUUGAUAUUUAUUAAAUUUUCAAAAAGUAACAAGUAACAACAAACAUCUCCAAAAAAAAAAAAAAAAAUUUAAAAAUACAAAUAAAACAGAAACAAUACAGAAAUAGUAAAAAAGAAAAAACCCAGCCGCAAAAAGAAGAAAAAGAAAAACAGACAAACAGAAAUAUAAAAUCCUUUACUGAUCUCCAUUAACUUCCUUUCUAGACUUCCUCCUCCUUCCGUCUCUUGUUUCUUAGUAUUUAAUUUUUACAGCAAAUCCUUUCUAUUUUUUCAUAACAAUCUAUCAUUGCGUUUCCUUAUUCUAUUUUCCCUCUUGUCAUAUAAAAACUUUAAAACUCAAAGCUUAUAUUCAAUAUUUAGCAAAUUCUUACAUCAUUACCUUUUUUCAAAUCAUUUACCAAUCCUUACUUAAGUCAUAUAAUUUCAUUCAACAUCCUUCAAAUAUUUAUAAACAUUCCCAAUAUUAGAAAAUAAAAAGCAAAAACAAUAAGUCAGAUUCAAUCCAGUCAACUUCCAGCCUCCCCUCCCCUGGACCCGGGAUUGUCAGUCCUUUUAACCUCAAUAAUCCGGCUCCUUAACCUGGUUGUCUCAUAUCCGAGGCCCUCAAGUCUCUUUCUUGCCCCUUUCGCCUGCAUUUCCUAGGGCCAAUUCACAUAUUACUCUUUCUUUAAAAGAGAGAAAAAAGAUGUGAACCUAAAAUUUUAUUUGAAGUCUAUGCUUAAAAAUAUAAUGAAUGAGUAAAAGAAAGACACGUAUCAGACAGACAGGUUUCUGGUUGUAAUUUCCUUUCCAGUGUAUACUCUGUUGUCCAUAACUGUGGCCAGUUAUCACUAUUAACUGUAGAAGACCAUCUCGCAGCAGCCAAUUGCGUUUGGUCUGGUGGAGGACCAACGUGCAGCAUUUGUCCUGAGGUUCAAGUCCCAGAGUGGCAUGGACCAGUCUUGGAGCCUCAGUUGCCUCUCUGUGAAAUGGGUGUAACUUUAUGCUGGGUGGUUGUGAGGAGGCAGGUAGAAGAUUGUAUUUGCACAUGAAAGGUGCUAUGUGGGGUGGGGGGAGAGAGAGAAUUGAUGGAGAGGAAAUGACAGCUCUGCAUUUCUUCUGCCGUUCUUUGCAGUGAUACUAUUCAGACCCUGAGCCUCCUGAGCCUCAAUUAACUCAAGCAGCUAAAGCUCAACUAGGAGGAUUAGCGGGUAAGGAGUAAAUCCUCCUCUUGGGCCAAAGGCCAGGGUGAUUCUGUGACGGAUGCAUUUGGCCCCACAAAGCUCCCCACAGGAACUAGCACUCUGACCCAUUCCUGGUAACAGGAUUUUGCCAAAUGCACCAAAAUUUUAAAAUACAGGGCUCCAACCGAGCCUAUCCUUUAAUUUAUUUUGCGCAUACACACACACCCCACUUAAUAAAAACAUUGAAAAACCUCUGCACAAUAUACAGUGGUAUCUCGGUUUUCAAGCGUAAUCCAUUCCGGAAGACCGUUUGACUUCCGAAACGUUGGAAAACCGAGGCGCAAAGGGCAGUCUGCCAAUUCAAUAGAGACAACUGUGAAAAGCAACAGAUACACGCAGCGGAAGCUGUUCAACUUCCAAGGCACGUUUGAAAACGGAAGCAUUUACUUCUGGGUUUUCGGCGUUUGAAAACCAAAACGUUCAACAACGGAGACAUCAGAAAACCGAGGUGCCACUGAAUAUAAAACAAUAACCAAAUAACACAGAUUUAAUCAGCAAAUGUUUAAAACGACUAUGUGUAACUAAAGUAUGUGUCUGGAUACGAUUGCUGGACCAAAUUAAGGCUUUGGCAAGUGCCUAAAACUUGCAAGGGUGCCUGCCUAAUAUUAAUAGGUAAGAACUUUCAGCGUGUUAAAUCCCAAGUUGGAGAGGGGAGUUCUCCCAAAGAAUCUUGAGAACUGUGCAUUAAACGUGCUGGAAACUGUAGCUCUGAGGGGGUAAACUAGAGUCUGUAGAAUUCUUUGGGGAAAGCAAUGUGCUUUCUAAAUGUAUGGUGUGGAUAAAUAAAUUUAGUUUUGUAAGUUCACACUCUAGCUUCAGGACACAAAACAGUUGUGUAUACCUUUAAAGUCCCUUCAAAACACAUUCCCCCCCCUCAAAGUAUUCUGGGCACUGUAGUUUAGUCCUCACACAAUUACAAUUCCCGGCAAUGCUUAACAAACUACAAUACCCAGAAUUAUCUGAGUGAACGAAUGUGCUUCAAAUGUGCUUUAAAAGGUGUACUGUGUAUGCAGCCUUAUUUAUUGGGUUAGAUCAGUGGUUUUAGGAAUAGGAAGGCACAAGUUUUACCUGUAUUUUUCCACCACAGUAGUUGGAGGGAGUCGUAAUUGGGGAAAGGGUUAUGUAUACACACGGACUCCUCACCUCUGCCCUGGCUAUGUUUCAGCUAGAAACCAUAGAGAAGGGAGAGGCAGCAGAUUAUGUUUAGAAAUCUUCCAGCAUAGUCUUACUUAGUCUCAGCUCUGGUUUCAAAUGCACCCAGAAGUCCUACUUCUUGCUCAGUAAAUAAUCUUGGACAAUUAUUUUGUUUGCUUGUUUUCUGUAUUUUGAUGCCAUAUUCCAGAGCGACAGCCCUCUCAAGGCAGCCACAAUCAAGCUGUGUAGACACAUUGUUGGCUUAGAACAUGGCUAGGUUGUUCUUUUUAUCAAUUCAGGUCAAAGCUGGUUUGGGAUAAAUGCAGCAUUUCAUAAUAAAUGAUAGGAUAGAUAUGGAUUGUGACUAAUGCUCUGUGUACAGUGAGGAAUGCUGAGAAUUCGGCUAUAGUGCAGGGUUGCCAUAUGUCCGGAAUUUCCCAGAUAUAUCCAGAAUACUGCAAUUGGAAGCAGUGACCAGGCAGAAAUCGAUUAAAAAACAAAUGUCCGGGGAAAUCUGGACAUGUGACAACCCAUGUUGGCAAUGUUGCUUUUGAUUAUUUUCCCUAAAAAUAGCUCAAAAACAUUGGAAGGGUGGCAAAAAUAACCUUUUCUAUCUGGAUUUUCACUUUGAAAUACAGCAACCCUAUUAGAGAUCUCUAGGCUUUAAAUCUCAAAUACAAAGCCUGCAUCCCUUUGUAAUUUUGGAGAUAUUCUCUCCUUUCCUUAAGCACCUCUCCCCUCACCACUACCCUACUGUCCCCUGCUUUUUCUUUUGUGACAUCACUGUGAUUUUAUAAUCUCUCUCUCUCUCGCACACACACACACACACACACACACACACACACACUUGUUUCCGUCUGCCAGGCUAAUCCUAAAAUGCCUGCAGAGGGGAUUUUCUUUUGGAAGAUGAUAGUUUGGAUUUACCAGAAAUAAUACACUACCAAGCUCAUUCCCCAUUUUUUUUUCUUUUUUUGCUAAUGACCAGGUGGCUUGAGCUAAAAAAGACUUAGAAAAGAUGAGCUGGCAGGGUACAUGCUGCUCUCUAGAGACAGGGCAGACACCUAAUGAAAAGCAGUCAUUUUGCACAUGCAUACAUACAUACAUACAUUCCAGAGCAAAGCCACCACACUUCAAGCAAAAAAAAAAGGUGCUAGUAUUGCAAUACUGCACGCAUAUAACAAAUAUACACCAUUGUUGUUUAUUAUUUAUUAUUUUCUUUAUACUGCUUUUCCAAAGCAAAGUGCCUGAGGCAGCUUACAAACCAAAAGCAAUAAAAGAUGGCUUCACAUAUGUCUCAUUCUUGAUGGAACAAUUUUCUUUGGUGAGAAAAAUGGUGGUCUCCUAUAUCCAGUUCUUUUGGAUAUAGCUAUCUGGUAUAGCCUUGCCUUCUUAAAUACUUUCUUGAUGGGUGACCCUGGUCUUUGUCCCCUUAGCAACCCACACUCAGCUAGCUAUCACCAGGCAGGCCUCGCUUGUUAACCUAGGGUUCAGUGCAUGGCACAGUGUAACUUUCCAAACCUCAAUUAAAUGCUAGCUUUUCUUGGACCCAGGAAUUCAGGGUGUCUCACACCCCACAUCAUAGCGCAGAUAGGGACUUUGUGUAAGCAGACCUUUGUGUAACUAUUUUGUUAUACUUUUUCGGAGUACCUUGUGGGUGUAGGUUAUGGUUGUCAUAUUUCAACAAGGACACCCUAAAAAUUUUGACCUUUUUUUUUAGGAAACCCUCAAAGUUUCUGAGCUUCUUUUUUUUUACAAAAAUACCCCCCAAAAAACAGGGGUUUUUUAUUGACUUGUCUAAGAUCCAGGACAAAGCACCACCUUUCAGAUAAGACCCCCUGGACGUCAAUUCCGCCUUUGAAAUCCUGGCAAUGUCGGAGGAAAUCCAGAUGCACAGCAGCCCUAGCGUAGGUGUGUUUUAUGUGUGUGCUUUCGUGGUUUUAAGAUUAGUCACUCUGACUGGUUUAUGCUUGGACAGGAAAAGUGGGGUGCAUUUCAUGUAAAUAAAUCUGUGAAUUAAAAAUGUCGCAACACACUCCGAUCGACCUCAGCAGCUCUGAUCUGCCUGUUGGUACUAAUGCAGGAUGACAAGAACGCCCUGUGACUUGCCAUCUGCCAGGCUGUGUUGGGGAUGGGGACAUAGCUGCCGCUAAUGAGGCUGCAGGGAUUUUUGAUCAGCAGGGGACAAUCAAUUACAUAACUGGACUCAGGGAGGGGGGCUUAUUGAGGGAAGAGAGACACGACACACUUGCCAAGGUCAGCAAAGGGGCAGGACAAGGAAUGGCAGCAUAUGUCUCCAAAUAUCAGUCGCUGGGGGUCACGGGUGGGGAGAGGGCUGCUGAGCUCAAGUCCUGAUUGCAGGCUUCCCAUAGGCAUCUGGGCUGGCCACUGGGAGAGCAGGAAGCUGGUCUAGAUGAGCCAUGGGCCUGAUCCAGCAGCGCUCUUCGUACAUACAAGUCAUGACUCACAUCCAGUGUGUGCUCAGAUACCUAGAGAAGUUGUGCAAUCCCCGUCAUUGAACCUUGUCGAGGAAAGCCGGAGCAGUGAUGUGUCUGCUUACAAAUUGCCAAGACAGAAGAUACAGGUUUACAUAACACAUGCACAGCUCAAUGUAUAUCUACCGGUGCAAAAUUUAGAAAUAAUAUAGUAAUUCAAAUAGAAAUGCAGUAUAUGUCACCAGUGCUAUUUUUUAGAAAAAGAGGUGCUGGAACUCACCAUGAACACCUCCUCCCUUGUUCUCUUAUUAUGGCAAUGGCACCCACCUGAAAAGUGCUGGAACUGAGUUUCGGCAAGUUCCAGCAGAAAAAAAGGUUUGUGGCAAGAGGACUGAUGGCCUAUCAAAUAGAGGACUGUCCUCUGUAAAGUAGGACACAUGGCCGGGUCUAGCAAGCAACCUGUCUCAAGCUGUGGGCCUAGAGCAGCUGUGGUCAAGAGAAAGAGAGCACUGUAUAAAUAUCAAUGUUUGUUAUUGUGAUGUUAGUGCCAACAAGGCUGACGAAUCUUGACUAUACAUCGUACCUUGGAAGUCGAACGGAAUCCAUUCUGGAAGUCCAUUCGACUUCCUAAACAUUCAGAAACCAAAGCACGGCUUCCAAUUGGCUGCAGGAAGCUCCUGCAGCCAAUCAGAAGCCGCAGAAGCCCCGUCGGACAUUUGGGUUUCAAAGAACGUUUGCAAACCGGAACACUCACUUCUGGGUUUGCAGCAUUCUGGAGCCAAAACAUUCGAGUACCAAGGCAUUAAGACUGUAUUGGCUUGGGGAAGUCCUAUCAACUUGAUCUAUCCUACAGAUGGAUUGAAGCAUAGCUUUUGCUGACUAAAAGGCAAACGAGAACCUUAAAAUGCUUUUUUUUUAAGUACUCAGUUUUAGGAUUUUUGACGAUGAUGGUGAUAAUAGUUCAGUCCUUAAUAAUAAUAAAUAAUCUCUUGUCAUUUGAAAUUAAGUUGAGAUCUUACUACUUAAAAUCUCUUUGUAGGUAGGUUUCAGUUUAAGUUUAUCAGUUAUGGUGAGGGGGAGACAGGAAAGAUCUCUGAUCGCUGUGCAGGAUUUGGGCCAAAUUCAAUCCAAGUUGAAUGAGUUUGGGGUUUUUUUAAUGAAGAAUCAUAGAACUGUAGAGUUGGAAGGGACCAAAAGAGCAUAUACCAAAUAUCUUACUUCUGACAUAUUGGGAUUGCAGUGUUAAAAACUGCAGGUGCUGAAUCUUUUAAAUCUAUGAACACUUAAAAUUGUACUUUGCAAAGAAAGAAAGAAAGAAAGACAGAAAGAAAGAAAGAAAGAAAGAAAGAAAGAAAGAACUCUGCACUGUAUGUUUGCAUGCUCAAUCCUGUUAAUCUGUGGACCUGAUGGGAGACGACAGGCAAAGGCAGCCAGCCAGAUCCUCCUAUCUCUACGCAGCAAACGUCUCCAAUGGCUGGCACCUGCACAACCACGUGGAUCCCAACUAAUCCACUGCCAGCAGCACAUCCCUGACCCACAUUGGGCUCUUCCUGCUGCGUUUCCCUGGCAACAGGCCCUGCGUGGAACUGUGGGAUUGGUGUGAUGGUCUGUGAUAACUCCCUGUGUGCCAGCACACUGCUCAGCAGAGGAAGCUUUCCCCCAUCUCCUUAUCGGAAGAAGAGUCAGUGGUGGAUUUGCUGCCUGCUAAUGCCACUGUUCAGUGAACAGAGCCAGGUGUGGGGCGGACGGCAGGGAGGGGGUAGAGUUCUGCUGAAUGUUUCACCAACCAUCCUACAAGUUGUUCUGCAUCUUUUGGCACUCUUAAAUACACCCAGCGCUUUAAAGUAGCUUCUAAGUUUUCCCUCGCCUACCAUUUCCUGCCAAAACACAAAGGGGGCCAGGCGGCAGGUCUAACCAGCACAUAGCACCCUAUGGGGCAACACACCUCCAUUUUCUACACUAACUCCAGAACGUCCAAAAUGGAGAAGGAUGUUAUGGCAUGGCAACCAGAGAGGCAGGGAGCAGGAGAGAAGCUGACUCAGCACAGGCUUCAUUAGGACCAAACAGAGUGGACAGCCAUGCGGCAAUAAUGUGGCUUGUCUAGCCCUGCGCAAGUAACCCUUUACUUGCCGCAGUGUCCCUGUACACACUUCCGCUCACACAAUUUAAAAAUAAUGAAGAAAGCUCCUUCGUCCGAAUUAAACACACACAAAAUUGACCAUUGUUAGUUCCAUGCAAUUUGAACCAGGAGGGACUGACAAAACUCGGUUAGAUAACAAACACACUUGGCCAUUCCUUGUUAGCUUAUGCCAUGUCUGUGCUAGCCUCAACGUAAUGGGAUAAAUAGAACGUGAAGUGUUUUGUGUGUGCUGUUAAGGCCUGCAAAGCAUUCUCCUGCAGUCUAUCUAAAACCGCUGUGUAGGAGCUGCCAGUCAAUACAUCAAACCAAACAGAUGUAGAAAGUCUUUGGGAUGCAAGUCAAGGUGGGCAGAAGAUAGCAACCCAAACCUUGACCUAACAAGGGGCUAACAGUCCUCAAGGGGCUAUUAGAAUCAAUGGUAUAUCUCCUUUGUUUUUUGUUUUGUUUUUUAAAUAAUUUUUAUUUGGUUUUACAAAUUUAUUCACAUUCAAAAUCACAAAUAGUAAAAAUUACACAAGAUUCUUCCAAAUCUCUAGACUUCCCUUGUCCCCUCCAUUGGUUCUUUAGUUAACUUUUUCAACUGCAUAUUAUAAAUCACUCUAGUUUUUCAGGUUUCCAUUGUGUCCAAAGUCUAUGUAACAUUACAAGAGUUAUUUAAGACCUGCUAAAGAGUUCAAGUGUUUACAGUGGUCUCUCAAGUAUAAUAUAAAUUUUCCCCGAUUCUUUGUUGAAGUUCUGAUCCUCCUGGUUUCUGAUUUUCCCAGUCAUUUUUGCCAUCUCUGCAUAGUCCAACAGCUCAUUCUGCCAUUCCACUCUGGUAGGGACCUUGUCAUAUUUCCAGCUCUGGACAACCAACAUCCUUGCAGCUGUUGUUGCAGUCAUAAACGGUCUUUUCUGAUCCUUCGGUAUCUCUGCAUCUAAUGGUAUAUCUCCUUUGUGCUCAGUUAGGUGUUAGAAUCCCUGAGCUAUAUCAAUGAAGAUACAAACUUGCAUAAAUAGCUUACCCCAGAGUAUGGCUUAUGGAAUACAGGAGAUAAUUAACUCCGCCCACAUCAGCAUUUUGCAUCCAGCUCGGGCCCCUCCAAGACACCAUUUUGCACCUGGCUCUGACUGGUGGACCUCACAGUAAUAAUAAUAAGUACUUGUACCCCACCCAUCCAGCUGGGUUGCGCCAGCCACUCUGGAAGUUCCUGCAAACCUGACAUCUGUCUGCGCCUGAUAUGAGCUACACAGGGAUGAGCAUGGCUGGAUUAACCCCACCUUCUUUAGAAACACAGGCCAAGAAGUUAACAUAGGGUUCCUGAGGACAGUCCCCAGAUUUGCAAAUCUGUCCCCGGACAAAUUCCGUCCCCGGAAUGUCCCCAGAUUUGCAAAUCUGUCCCUGGGAAACGUGGCAGUGGCAGCCUCAGUAGCCUGGAACCAGCCUGGUAGCGCAGUUGGCUCUGGCUGGCUUCAGGAGCUGUUCACUGCUCACUGCUGCCACCACUGCCAAAGGGGAACUGGGGGCGUGUAGUGGUACAAAUCUCCUGCCCCCUUUCCCCUUUGUUUUUACUGAUGGGGGAGGGGUGCAAGGCACGCGGUUUCUCUGCCGGGCAAGGUGCAAAGCCCUUCUUUUGCACCCUGUGAAACAUAAAUGCGCAGUGUUUUUUUAAAACUGGGCAAUGACGCGUCACCUGCCCAUGACUCCCGAGCCUCCCCCGAUCUCCUGUCCCCUUCCCCCUUUGUUUUGACAGAUCGGGGGAGGCUCGGCAGCCGCAGGCAAGCAGCCAUUGCCCAGUUUUUAAAAAACAUUUUUGUUUCACAGGGUGCGAAAGAAGGGCUUUGCGCCUUUAUACAAUUUGCAUGUGUGCUUGGGCCCAGGGUCUUUUGCCUCACCAUCCCCACUGCUGACUCCCUGUUGCUACUCAGCUUCAAAAAAAAAAGUGUCCCCAGAUUCAUUGAAAAAAUUCUGGUAACCAUAAGUUAACAUCCAAGAAUGGUCCAUACCUCCUGGCUUCCAACAAAGGGACAAAGCUGUCGCCCUGAGGCUCUUUUUGUCUGGAAUGUGCUCAGCUGUAGCAGACAGGAAAGGGGCCCAAGUGAGGAGGAAUUUGAGCAACUGAACCAGGCAGAGAGAGGCAGAAACAGCAGUGAAGACUAUUCUGAUCUCAGUGGGAUCCCUCUCCUAUCAGGUCACAAAGGGCUGGAUGCCCUCCAUGCCAAGAGAGACAGUUACCACGGAGGUGCCAUCAUGGUCUCAUUGUUAGCAGAAUAAUUCACUUAAUAUUCUCAAUUCAUGAGGUGGGGGUGUUCUUCCUUUACCUUUUAUGAAAACCCGUCAAACUUUCAGGCCCUCCAAGUGUCCCUAUUUUCCAGGGACAGUCCCGGAUUUAGAAACACCAUCCCGGUUUCUGAUUUGAUCCCGGAAUGUCCCACUUUUACUUAGGAUAUCCCUAUUUUCAUUGGAGAAAUGUUGGAGGGUAUGGAGUUAUCCGACCCCUGAGGCGUCUGAAGGCAAUCCUGUAUAGAGAAGUGUUUAAUGUUUUAUUGCGUUUUUAUAUAUGUUGGACGCUGCCCAGAGUGGCUGGGGCAACUCAGUAAGAUGCGGGGAGUAUAAAUAGUAAACUUAUCAUUAUGGAAUGGGAUGUCCCUAUUUUCAUCGGAGAAAUGUUGGUGGGUAUGCCUUUUACUACUGAGAAGCCCCACUGAAGUUAAAGGGCCUUACUUACACCCAAGUGUACAUCAGGAUUGACCAUAAUUGACUUUUUGCUGCAUGAUGACCUCUCUCUUCUGUGGAGACUCAGUUGAUUCAGCUGUGCAGGGAAGGCAGACAUCAAAAUCUGCAGAAGUCCAACAAUCCUUAGAGGUGGGGGAAGCACGAAGGACAAAAACUCUAGAAAAGUGGUGCAGUUCAGGAAUUCAGAGGAAACUUGGCUGAUUAGUAAAGUUAGCGUUGUUGAUACUUCUCAUGUGAUGUAAAUGGGUGUAGAUGGAAUGGUUUAUUGAAUGAAUGGACUUUAAACCAGUUAGGCUUGCUGAAAUGCCACAGGAGUCAAAGGAAGGGAACUCAGUAAUAACCAGAAAUUCAAGUACAGUAUCUUAUUUUGGAACUUAAAGGAAAUCUGUCAUUUCAAAGAUGCUGGGGAAAAUAUUCCUGGAUAAGGUCUGAAACUUAUAAUAAAAUUAAUAGUUCAUUGUUAAAGUACGCUAAACCUAGUCCCUUUCUUAGUUAACUGUGAUACAGCCCCCCCCUAUUUACGCAGGCAUUGCAUUUUGGGUCAUCACACGAUGGCCGAGUGUGCAUAAGCCCAUUAUGCCCCCGUUCUGACCUUUUCCAGCCACUUACGGGUUGCUGUGAUGCGCACGUGCGCAAUCAGUUGGACGCACAUAAAUUGGUUGUACAUAAGCCAAUCGGAAACCUCUAUAAAUAUACAUUUGUGUUGUAAAUUAGGUUCUUUCCAAGAGAACCUCCCUGGCUUUGAGGCCAGGAAUAAUCCUUAACAUUUCAGCAGAGCUUUUUCUACUGGGGAAAAACCUCAUAAAAAUAACUUCGGUUGAGUGUCUUUAUGGAGAGGCACAACUAUUUUAAUAAUAUUUUGAAACACGUUUUUUAUCACUGUGCAAGUGCAUUGUGUUUUUAUCUGUGUUAUACUCUUGUCUCUGGCCAUUAUGGAAAUAUUAUUUGAUAAUUUGAAGCAAGUGUUCUUAUAAAGACCUUCCCUCGAGUCUUUUUGAUUCAAAAAUAUUCUGUCAGUGUCACUUCUGCCAGAACCCAGUGAAGCUCAGGCAGGUCUACUUCCUCCAUGAGAUAUCUUGCAUUGUCUAGUAACACCCAGACUCUUUCUUGCAAGCGGCUUACUUUGCAUGCUGCUUUCUUAGGGUCACUAGUUCAGAGGCAUCAAGAACAACCAACCUGUGGAUGGGUCCACCCUCAAAAGCAGAGACUACGUGAGCUAAAUGAGAUGUAAGCUUGAUGUACUUAUGUACUUACGAGACAGUGUGACCUCAAGCUACUACAACUGAAAUACUACAACACCUAAGGCGUAGACGAGUCGAAGAAAGGGAAACUAGCCUUUCCUAAUCGCUUUAGUUCCCAAAGGUACUGAACUGACCUAGGUCUCUAAAAUUCCCAAGUGGUGCCACGGAGAGCUCCACCAAACUUGCAAUUUUUCUCCCUGCCGUCAAAAGCUUCACCUGCUAAGUUUCUGAGAGAGUACCAGAACAGGGGCUAGGGCAAACAGGCAGCAAUUCUCUUGGCAUUUAAUGAGAGCUGGCUCCGAAUAGAUCUGCAGGCUCCAGCAGGUCCUUUCCCUAUGCUUAUCUCAGGAGCGACCCUCCCUCUGCCAGCUUUGCUGCUGCUAUCUCUGGCCCGCAGGCCUAACCACCAGCACUUGGGUCUCUUGGUUGGAGGGUGGUAGGUAGUAUCUGCAAGCAGUUUGCAGCCUUUUGAGAAUGAGCCUGUUCCAGGCUACCACCCUUCUAUCUGGGAGGGUUUACUAUUCUUCCAUUAACAACUGCAUAGUAUGUUGCUGUUGUUUUUAAAGGAAGGAGAAAAUAGGUGACACUUUGCCCAGCAUUGCAGUUAGAAAAGAGUUCAGCUGCCUUAUUUUGGCCAGCCAUCCAGCUGAUCAAAACACAUAGUAGGAAAAACAGAAACAAAGACACCUUUAGCAAGGUCAGCAAGCAUCAAGCAGGCAGCGAGCCUCUCCUGGCUAUGGGUGGCCCUCUGCUACCACCUGGCGGCCAAUCCAUCUAAAGUUAAUUGACACAAGGCACAAAAUAUGCAAGGUGAAAGUUACAAGUUAGGGGAAGGUGCUGUUGCUGCUCAUCGAAAGCACUCAGAUUAUAAUGGUAGCAAGGACAAGGUCCUGAAUUCCUCGUGACCUCUAUUUUUUAAAUCUUCACUCCUGCUCUAUAGCCCAAUUUGCUGAUUGCAUGAGGAAAUGUUUAUUGGCUUUCUCUUCAGACACCCAAGACCUGGUUAUGGCAAAAUGAUGGUUGUUUCUUUUUUAUCGCUUUUCAGGAGAAAUCACAUUAUUGUUUAGCCCUUAGAACCUUGAAGGUGUCCUCUCUAGAUGACCUGCUUAUUGAACAUGCACAAAGCUCACACAGGUUUGAACAUGCCCAGUCAUUCUUAGGCAAUACUUCCGAUUUGGUUACAGGGAGAUUUACAUGACAGGCAUCCAUCCCGUUUUUUGUGCUUGCUGCACGUUUAUACACUACUUCCUGUUAACCAUUCAUUUGCCAUGCACUCCCCCUCGCUAUCCCAACCACAAGAAGACUGUUGUUUACAUGGAGUUGUUGCACUAGGGCCAGGGCAAUAGAGUGUUUUAAUCCACUUUAAUUGCACAAACCCAAAUUUCUAGCAUGUUUAAAUGCACUUUGUUAAGCUAAAUUCGUUCCAUCACGUUCCACUGGGUGGGUGGGUGCUUCCCGUAUGAGCUGCCAGGUUAUGGUUUUUGAGGGUGCAAAUGCCUGCCUUGGAUCUAUCCAGAUAAUAGGCUCACAAGCACAUUAUGGAGUAGUCCUGCAAACCUAGAAUAAAAAAGGGUUGCCAAAGCACAACAUCUAGGCACUGAACCACUCCAAGCUGCUGCAAGUGUGCAUGCUUGUUUGGGGGUUUUUGCAAGUCAAAAUCUUUACAGGGCAGGAAAUGUAAAGGCUCUUCACUGUUUCCAUUUACCUCCUGUAGCAUUAAAGAAAAGGGAGGAGAGGCAUGCAAGGAGCUGCUGGAGGCAUACCACUCGUGUCUGCGGGCGCUGGGCAUGGCCCACCAAGAUCUAGAAGCCAACCCCUUGGUAAGAUAUUGUCCUAUACAGCGCAAACAGUUGAAAUGAAGGGGUGGGUGCUGAAUUUAAAAGGUAUAGAGACAAUAGCAAUACUCUGGACUCAGCAGUAAAUGGGAUGCAUUAACUGCAGCACCCUGGGACACAGGACUACCUGCCACCAAAGGAAGUCCCUGAGGUAGUGGCAGCUGUGGCAACAAGACCUAGGCUCUCCAUUCCUAGCUCUUUUUCAAAAGUGACCCUUCUGGGACAUAUAGUUGUGGACCAGGGAUAAUACAGCAUAGAUGAGAGGCAGUAUGAGGAAUGGGGAAGAAUAACAUAUCAGCCCACCCUGGAGACUAGUACUGACACACACACCCUAAAGGGUGCCUUGGCAUUUAACACAAGAGCCCUGGCUGGCACAUCAAAGCUUUUCCUCCCAAGAUGACAAGAUGGGAGGAAGCUCCACGUGCUGGAUUUCUGCUAGUCAGAGGAGCCUUGCCAAACAAGAGUGAGCAGCCAUAGAUCUAAGGCUAGGGGGAAGCUUGCAGUCAGCAAUACUAAGGUAAAGGUAAAAGUUCAUGACCCCUGGAUGGUUAAAUCCAGUCUAACUUGAUUAUGGGGUUGCUGCGCUCAUCUCACUUCAGGCCGAGGAAGCCGGCGUUUGUCCGCAGCUUUCUGGGUCAUGUGGCCAGCAGGACUAAACCGCUUCUGGCGCAAGGGAACAUCACGAUGGAAGCCAGAGCGCACAGAAAGGCCAUUUCCCUUCUGGCUGCAGUGGUAACUAUUUAUCUACUUGCACUAGUAUGCUUUCGAACUGCUAGGUUGGCAGGAGCAGGGACAGAGAAACGGGAGCUCACCCCAUCGUGGGGAUUCAAACUGCUGACCUUCCAAUCAGCAAGCCCAAGAGGCUCAGUGGUUUAGACCACAGUGCCACCUUGCUAUAUCCAUUCUUCACAGAAAUUGUGACAGGUAUAGAAUAGGUAGGGGCUGGGAAAGAGAGAGAAGCUGGAGACUGUAAUGCCGAGGGGAGGAACGCCCAGCUGUAUCACCCUAUGGUUUCCCUUCCUUAUUCUUACAGCCGCCAAGUCACUGA